AAAUGAAAACUGUCCAAAUAUGUGUCCUCAAAAACAAAAGCUUCCACCUAUGAGCACACUUCCUCAGAUGAAAGGGGCCACUGUGGUCUAUAGGAUUACCCAUUAGACACACAGGAAGAGGCUUUUACAGUUCCCACUACAGAGUCAUUAAAUCGGUUAUGUCAAAAAGUUGGUUUCUAUUUUCUUAAUUAAAAGGGAAAUAAUCAUGUCUGAGCAAAGGCAGAAACAAAAAAUUAAAUAUACUCCCUCAACAAAAACUGAACUCCAAGCAUUUCUUCUCCAUUACUUGGCAUCACCUGUUGUACCAGGUUUUAUAUUCUUAUUAACUAGUUGCUUUAAUAUUUAUAAAUCCAAGUAUGUAAAGGACUAUGAAGCACUGGGUUUUAUUUCGUAAGGUGUCCGCAGCGGAGGGUUACCGCCGAGUAGAAAGCGCCAAGGCAAAGGCUCUGUGAACGCAGGGCAGGUGCAGAGCACCUCCUGCUAAAGCAGGGCACGAGUGACAGCGCUCCGUCCCCGCUGCCGGGACACGGAGCCCUUCGCUCGGGCGAGCGGCACCGCCUACUGAAAGGGGGUAUGCAUGCUCCUGCAAGCCUUCUCCCGGGAUUUAACCAGCAGGGAACCCGAUCAAUCCAAUACUGCAGCCUCAAAGCUCGGGGGAGGCGUGUGCGCCCCGCACUGCUACCGGGACAAUGCGCCUGCAGGGCAAGAGUGAGCGAGGCGCUGCCACCGCCACGUGCUGACACCUCACAGCUGAGCGCAACGGGGAAAGAGCCGGGGGAAACGAGGGAAGGGGGAAUUUAAAAAGAAAAGAAAGAAAAGAAAGAAAAGAAAGAAAAGAAAGAAAAGAAAGAAAAGAAAGAAAAGAAAGAAAAGAAAGAAAAGAAAGAAAAGAAAGAAAAGAAAGAAAAGAAAGAAAAGAAAGAAAAGAAAGAAAAGAAAGAAAAGAAAGAAAAGCUAUCCGGAGCUCAAGGCGGCCAAAGAGCUGUACUGUGGCUGGGUGAAUCCCACAACCCCGGGUCGCCCGAGUCCCGGCUGAGGGAGCGCGGCCGGGCCACCCCGCCCGCACCUUCCUUGGGCCGCAGCCCCCCGCCUCCGGCCCGUGCCGGCGCGCGCUGAUUGGCGGCCGGGUGGCGCUGUAAAGGGGCCGCCGAUUGGCGGCCGCGGGGGCCGCGCUGUAAGGUGGGCGGCGAUUGGCGAGCGGGGGGGCGCGUGCGGGCACUGCCCGGCUUUGUACACGCGCGGCCCUUUAACAAUGGGCGCGGCGCGCGGCGCCGCGUGAUGGCGGCGGAGCCCCGGGGCCGCCGCGCCGCGCUCGGGUGUCCCGGGCCGCGCCCCGCCGCCUCCCCCGCGGCCGCCGCCACCUCCGCGACCCCCUCGCCCGGCCGUGCCCCGCGGCGGGAGGGGGCGGCUUAACGAGCCGCACUUGUGCCCCGCAUGGCGGCCAGCUGGGCCGGGGGGCCGGGGGCGCCCCGCGGCAGCUGAUCGCGGUUAACCGGGGGCGAGCCAGAAAGGGGCGAGGGUGGCGCUGCCCGUCCCGCCCUCAGCGAGUGCCGCUUCCUCCCCGGUGCCCGGGCCCGGGCGCCGCGCCGCGCCGCCGAUGGAGCUGGAGGCGCAGUGGUGGACAGGACAGCUGGCGGCCGAUAUCCACCAAGCGCUUCGAUACAAGGAGCUGAAGCUGCCCUCUUACAAAGGCCAGUCUCCCCAGUUACACCUGAGAAGAUACUUUGCAGACCUGAUUGCCAUUGUGAGCAACAGGUUCAGGCUCUGUCCUGCUGCGCGACACCUGGCUGUGUAUCUGCUGGACCUCUUCAUGGACCGCUAUGACAUAUCCACACAGCAACUGCACGUGGUCGCUCUUUCCUGUUUACUUUUAGCAAGUAAAUUUGAAGAAAAGGAAGACAGUGUUCCCAAACUUGAACAGUUGAACAGCUUGGGUUGUAUGACUAACAUGAAUUUGGUACUAACAAAACAGAAUUUGCUACAUAUGGAGUUGUUGUUGCUAGAAACAUUUCAGUGGAAUUUGUGCCUCCCAACUGCUGCUCAUUUCAUCGACUAUUAUCUUUCUGUUGCUGUCCAUGAGACUGAUCUUCAUGAUGGCUGGCCAAUGGUUUGCUUAGAGAAGACUAAGUUAUAUAUGGCAAAAUAUGCUGAUUACUUUCUGGAAGUAUCGUUGCAAGAUCAUGAAUUUUUAAAUUAUGCCCCUUCUUUAGUUGCUACUGCAUGUGUAGCUUCUUCAAGGAUUAUCCUGCGUCUCUCACCCACAUGGCCUACGCGGCUGCAUCACCUCACUGCCUACUCCUGGGACUUCCUGGUGCCAUGUAUUGAGCGACUCCUAAUCGCGCAUGAUAACGACGUGAAGGAAGCAAACAAGCAGAAAGGACAACAGACUCAGUCUGCCCAACACGCUGUGUUUCAGCCCCCAGCCCCAAGUGCCCAGCAGGCCAGUGCUCAGCAGCACAUCCCACAGUACCUGCAGGCUCCUCAGUCUUCGCUGCAGUACCACCACCCCGCAUCGCAGCAGCAGAGCUGCCAGCAGAUCUUAUCAUCCACUCACACAGCCUCGUACCCGCUGCAGACCUGCCCUGCUGCCUUACACCCCAGUGCUCAGGCCCGGGGCCACGUCCAGGGCGGCGCUGCCGUGUCGCUGGCUGUGCCCCUGGAAGUGAAGCCGUGCAUAAGCGUCUCCUACAACCGCACGUAUCAAGUGAACGGACGAUAUUCCUGUAUUACUCCCUGCUUUGAGAGGUGAUAAGUACAAAAUGGUUUUGUGCUUGUUUGUUGGGGAUGGAGAGUUCUGUGGAAAAUGGUUUCAUUAUUUUGUUAUGCCUCAAAAAAGUUUGAGGGCAAAAAAUUGAAUUAAAACGGUGUCUUCCCAGAAAUAAAAGCAACUGGAUUGGCAACUGGUACCACAGCUCAAAUAACAGCCUACAAAAAGUUAGCACACAGACCAUCCUCUGAAAAAGAAUCUGUAUGCUUGGGGAUAAUACGUUCUUACUCUGACACUCAGAAUAUUCUGCUUCUAAUGUGUUUAUGAAAUACUACUCAAAAGAAAAACAGCUGUCGACUAACUACAGACUUAUCUUUUAAUGAAGGAGAUAUGCAGUAUUAUUUUGAAGACAUUUAUGUCAUCCCACCAUACAGUAUUAACACUUACUUUAUACUUACUGAAACUUAAGAAUCCACUGAAUGCCAGACUUCUACAGGUACAUGGAGAUCACAGGAAGAAACAAAUCUCAUGUGGCUAACUCCAUACUCUUGCCCCUUUUUCACCACUUGUGUUGGUUAUUUGCUUUAGGCUAACACAUGUGAAUUAACUGGUAUUGUGGCUAGUUUUUUAAGUUUUGUACCUUACAGGAUGGACAAUAUGUUUUUGCCUCUUUUCUACUCCCUAUCUUUUUGUGUUUAAACUCUUUCAUACUAACUCAGGGACUUUUCUACUCAUUACUCUGUGCUGCUGGUUUGUACACUAACUGGGUAUAACUCGGGGAAGGAAGGCAGAGAGGGAAGAGACUAUAUGGCUUUUCUUCAGGGCAUCUAUGCAGAGUACCAAAGGGAUAGGUUAGUGUUCACAGAAUGUAGAUGUGAACUGCUACCCAGCAGUGUGAUAAUUGAAGAAAAGACAAAGUUUCAACUCAACUUGUACUGUACCAGAACUACUACAGUGGCUGUGAUUCCUCUGUGUACACACACACAUGAAUAUUAUUAACCAACAGAAAGCAAAAUCCUCCAGUUGUACUGACAGUACCAUCCCUACAGAAAAAGUACAGUUAAAUGCUGACAGAAAGCCAGUUCUGUCAGGCUUACAGUGGAGGGAAAUUCUCAGGUAAUAAAGGGGCAACUUUUUCUUCUACUAUUUGGGAGUUCCAGAAGAAGAUAUAGAGAUUUGCUCUUCCAAAUGGGUGGAUCAAAAAUAUUUUGCAGAAUGAACUGCUUCAUCACAAGUAAGGUGCUAAUUAUAUAACUUUAUGGAAUUACACUAUCUCCUGUGGAGUGGGUAGUCUGAGGGUAGAAAGCUUCAUCAUCCACCUCUUGGAUGAAAAUUAUGGUAGAGAUAUUAAUGGAGAUGGUUUUUGGGGUCCUUUGUGUGUUUUUUUGGGGUGUUUUGUUUUUUAAAUACAAGAAGAUAUCAGACUUUCUCCUGUGGUAGAAAAUGGGAGGAAGUGGUAUGAAUGACAGGAUUCUUACUACUUUAAAAUAUCUUUAUAGUAUAUGUGCUUAAGGCUUUUUUUUGUCAUUUCAUUUGUUCUUUUACCAUCUCUCCCCUGUCUUAGUGGCAGCACUUAAAGUCGUGUACCAUCAAAUGACUGAAUUAUUGUGAAUCUUAGAGAAACUGUUUUGAAAGCAGAGGCAAUUAAAUUAUAUUAUCAAUGUGAAGGCUUUAUCACCAUAAUGUUCAGAAUGGAGGGAAGACAGCUGUGUUCAUUCUUUCUGGGGCUAAAUUGUAACAUGCUACAAAAACCUAUUUAUUGUUGAGGAGAAGAAAUCCUGUUUCUCUUGGUUUGUCUUUGAAAUCCCAAUUUUUGUUGUGGGCUUUUGUAGCAUAGAUGUGCAAGUCAAGAAGAAUAGGAGGGCGAAUGGAAAAGAUGACCCCUCUCCCUUUUAUCUUAGAGAAUCAACUUUGAAAUAGGCACAGUGUGGUCAAUUCCUUAUUAAAAUGCAAGUUGGUUUUGGUUUUUUCCUCUCCUCACUUCAUCUCUUCAUGAAUAUUUCCCCACAUCUGAGAGUAGUGUUAAGUAGAAACUUUCCACCUCAUAAGAUGCCAUGCUUUUUACUCAGCACUGUUACCCAUUUUAGAGGGAAAUGGACUUCUUUCUGCUGGUUUUGUUUUGUUGCAAUGCUGUAUCCAAGUCCUCAGUGCUCUAACUACCUCUGAUGCUAUGAAUGUACAGUCUUGUAAUAGACCAUGACUUGAAAUAACAGCAGAUGCCUGUAGCAUUUUUUUUCUGUAAAAUCUUUAAAUCAGCUAACUUGUCAUCUUGUUUUGUGACACAGCAGUAUAGGCUCUUCUUUUUGGGGGUAUUAGUAAAUUUAUCCCAUAGGCAUUUGAUAUAUAAAAAUUUAACUAAUACUUAACACUGGAAUUAUAAUGGGUGGGGGGCUUAUUCAGUUAGUUAAUACCACGGAUUUACAUUUACUAGGGUAUUUUUUAUUUGACUAUUUUAAGACAUUAGGUCAAUUGUAAAAAGAUCCACUACAUCCUGUUUGUUUUUAAUUUAUUACUUAGUCUGAGGGUUUUUUCUGACACUACAGCUGUAUCAUGACUACCAAGAAAAUGUACACUGAACAGUUUCAAUCUAUAUUAUUUAAAAGGGCUUUAUCAGUGUACAUUAAAAAUACACUGUUCUUACUAUUAGAACCAAAAUGUGUUUUUUAUGGCAUAAAUGAGAAUGGUGCUUCUAAAUGCAAAAUGUCCAAAACAAUGGAAUCUUUGUGAGUGCUAUGCAUUCAACUUAUUUUUUAAAAUAAAACUAGUUUUGAGUAAGAAG